AAAUUUCGAAAAAUAAAAAUAAAAAUAGUCUUUCGUCGUCGAAGCAGCAAGUCCAGACAACUCUGAAGAGAAGCCCGCCCCUACAGCAACGCCGCUUGCUUACAGUAGCGUCCACCCGAUCACGGAAAUGCCACUCAUCCAAUUGCGCAGUCGGCUCCACAUUCAAAACCCACCUCAUUUCUAGUCUUCCCUUCACUCCCUCAGUCUUUCUCUCAACAGAUAUGGUUACCUAACUAUCCGCUUUGAACGGUUGUUUUUCCUUUACACCAUUUCUGCCCCAGCCGGAUUUCCCCGUCAUUUGGGGGGUGAGUUUCUACAUGGGUUCAUUUCCCCCCCUAAAUCUCAUGCAUGAUUUUAGGCUGUUUAGUGUUUCUAUUUUUUACCUUAUGGCAGAUUCCUUAAUAAAACCCCAUAUAAUCAUUUUUCAUUGUCUUUUUCCGCUGGUUUUGUUGUGCAGAAAUGGAUUCUGCUUGUGCUUCGUUGAAUGCCACUGUUGCUAAUGCAUCAGGUAAUGGAAUCAGCAGAGGGAGAUCGUUGUUCUGGGGAGAGAGUCUAAAGGGUAUCCAGAAGUGUAGAGAUUUGAGAGCCCAACCACGGAAGAACGCUGGGGUUAACAGUAGGAGCUGUAAAUCGACAAGGCCUGGAGUUAUCAACUCUGUUCUUACACCCGAUCUUGAUCAAGAAACUAUGGCAUUUGAUAUGCGGAUGUUUGAAUCGAAGAAAGCCGACCCGAAGAAUGUUGCUUCGAUCAUAUUGGGUGGGGGAGCUGGUACACGCUUGUUUCCUCUGACUAGCAGAAGAGCGAAGCCUGCGGUACCAAUUGGGGGGUGUUAUAGGCUUAUUGAUGUUCCGAUGAGCAACUGCAUCAACAGCGGUAUAAAGAAGAUAUUCGUGUUAACGCAGUUCAAUUCCUUCUCGCUUAAUCGCCACUUAGCCCGUGCAUAUAACCUUGGCAAUGGUGUUAACUUUGGAGAUGGAUUUGUGGAGGUUCUUGCUGCUACUCAAACAAAUGGAGAAACAGGAAAGAGGUGGUUCCAAGGAACUGCUGAUGCUGUGAGGCAGUUCAUCUGGGUCUUUGAGGAUGCGAAGAACAAAAAUGUGGAACACGUUAUAAUCUUGUCUGGUGAUCAUCUCUACCGCAUGGACUAUAUGGAUUUUGUGCAGAAGCAUGUCGAUACCAAUGCUGAUAUCACAGUUUCUUGUGUGCCCAUGGAUGACAGCCGAGCAUCAGAUUAUGGACUGACGAAGAUCGACAACAUAGGGAGAAUUGUCCAAUUCUCUGAGAAACCUAAAGGCCGUGAACUGAAAGCAAUGCAAGUUGAUACAACCAUUCUCGGCCUACCAAAAGAUGAAGCUAAGAGAUACCCUUACAUUGCAUCAAUGGGUGUUUAUGUGUUCAGAACUGAUGUCUUGCUGGAGCUUCUGAACACAACCUAUGCCUCGUGCAAUGAUUUUGGCUCUGAAAUUAUCCCAUCUGCUGUCAAGGAUCAUAAUGUUCAGGCUUAUUUGUUCAACGACUACUGGGAAGACAUUGGAACAAUCAAAUCCUUCUUUGAUGCCAAUCUUGCCCUCACAGAACAGCCUCCGAAGUUUGGGUUUUUCGAUCCAAAGACACCAUUCUACACAUCACCAAGAUUCUUACCGCCUACUAAAGUUGAUGAAUGCAAGAUCGUCAAUGCCAUAAUCUCACAUGGCUGCUUCUUAAGAGACUGUAGCGUGGAACACUCAAUAGUUGGUAUUCGUUCUCGUCUAGAAAGUGGUGUCGAGCUCGUGGAUACUAUGAUGAUGGGUGCUGAUUACUACCAAACCGAAGCUGAAAUCGCCUCUGCACUAGCAAGUGGAAACGUCCCUGUCGGAGUUGGUCCAAACACCAAAAUCAAAAACUGCAUAAUUGACAAGAAUGCUAGAAUUGGAAGAGAUGUAGUCAUUGCAAACACCGACGGUGUUGAAGAAGCAGAAAGACCAGAUGAAGGGUUCUAUAUCCGGUCAGGGAUCACAGUCAUUCUGAAGAAUGCAACGAUUAGAGACGAAACCAUCAUUUAGGUUCAAAGGCUUCCCUAUUCCUAGCUGCAGCAGCAUUAGAAUAAUAAUACGCAACUGGUGCGGUUUAACUGCAUUGAACCACAAGAUACAGUCCGGCUCUGGUGGUGUUCCUAUUCACAGACCACGAGGGUACCUGAUUGCAGAAAACACCGGUCGCGAUGUCAACAUACUGCCGAAGGUUGCUAACCUUCGGAAAGCGAAAUUGACCACCCGUAGGCCUUCUACCUCGCCUCGACCCGGCAUUGCUUCGUCAGGCUUUAGUCCCAUUGCCGAAAUGUUUCUUCCCAGUGUGACUGAUCAUCCUUUAGGACUAGCUAUUCAACCGAGAUGAACUCAGUUCCAUUCUGUUUGUUAAAUAAUCUAGUCUUCAAAUU